AUGAAGUUCUCGCACUCGUUGAAAUACAAUGCGGUACCGGAAUGGCAGGACUAUUACAUCGACUAUUCGCACUUGAAGAAGUUGAUUUACUCGUUGCAGCAGCAGGAGCUGGACCAACUGGAAGGGUUGGGCAACGAGACUACCGGGGAGUCUGGUAGCAAGAUUGGUGGGAAGCUAGGAGCGCUAAAGUUUUGGAAAAAAGGCAGCAGCAGUAGUGCUGGUGGUGUCUUGGACGAAGAAGGCCAGGUGGGCAAGAACUUCAACGGGGACGACGAUGCCAAUGUCGAGACCAUCGAGUUGGGCGAGUACCAUGCGAACAGGAAACAGGGCAGGAGUAGCAGUGGUGGUAACGGAAACGGCAGAAAGCUGAAGUUUGGGUUCGAUUUCGACAAGCGGUCGUCUGUGUCGAGCGAACGCACCGUUUUCAACUCACAGGACGUGUUCCUCGCCAAGCUCACUGAUGAGAAGCACAAGAUUGACGAUUUCUACAAGAGAUUGGAGGCUAAGCUCUAUUCCAAAUUUGAAACGCUAACGAAGGAUUUGGAAAAAGCUGGUUUUGCCAACUUGCAAAACCACGUCUACCGCGAGGCCAUGGAGUCGCAAUCGUUGAGCGCGGUCGCUACCAGAACCAAGAGCAACGAGACUGGGUUUUCGGGACUGUCCAGACGUCUGUCGGGCCACUCGCAAACCGCUCGCCUCGACAGUAACGGAAUGAUUGACGAUUUCAUCGACGACGACGAGGAAGAAGAAGAAGAGGAAGAAGAGGAAGAGGAAACCAGAGACAACACAGCGUUGUUGAACUACUCGGACUACAACUUGAAGUCACAAAAGAAGGCUAUCCUCAAGAAGAACGUGAUAGAUUUAUACGUCGAUUUGGCCCAGCUAAAGUCUUUUAUAGAGUUGAACCGCAUCGGUUUUUCCAAAAUUACUAAAAAGUUCGACAAAGUGCUAGGUUGCAACGUAAAACAAGAGCUCAUCGAAUCCGGCGAAUUCUUCAAAGACGCACACAUCUUUUUGCCAGAAACUAUCUCGCAACUGGAUAACAAAAUUUCCCACCUAAUUUCUUACUACGCCGUCAUCACUGAUCAAGAAGACGACAUCGAAACCGUCAAGGAUGAACUAAGGUCCUACUUGCGUGAUUUCAUCGUGUGGGAGAGAAACACCGUAUGGAAGGACUUGCUUGGAUUGGAGUCCCAGCAGAACGAUUUCACUUCUGUAGGAAGACCAGCAGUUAAUGGUGAAAUUAGUAACUUGGAAAACAACACCCAUUUGGAAUACUACUCUUACACAUUGCCUAACCCAAUCUCGUUCAAGUGGUUCACUAUCGAAAAGCUUUCUAUUCCAAAGCUUUUCUUCACCACAAGAGCACUAAAAAUUUACAUCAUUAUCGUUUUCACUAUCAUUCUAUUGGCUGUUAAGACCUUCAAUGACGAAGCACAACACCGUUGUAUGGCAUUGGUGGAAUGUGUUGCUUUGCUAUGGGCAACUGAAGCAAUCCCGCUAUUCGUCACUGCUAUCUUUGUUCCUCUAUUAGUGGUCUUGUUCAGAGUGUUGAAGGAUGAUAGUGGCCAUGUCAUGCAUGCCGUUGAUGCGUCUAGUUACAUUCUAGGUAAAAUGUGGUCCUCUACAAUUAUGGUGUUGUUGGCUGGUUUCACAUUAGCCGCUGCAUUGUCAAAGUACAACAUUGCCAAAGUUUUGGCCUCCUAUCUAUUGACAGCAGCUGGUACCAAGCCAAGAAAUGUUUUAAUUGUUGUUAUGGGAGUUGUCUUCUUCUUGUCAAUGUGGAUUUCUAACGUGGCCUCUCCAGUGCUAACGUACUCUUUGAUCCAAACCGUGUUGAGGACACUUACAAGCGAAACUCCUUUCGCAAAGGCUUUGAUUCUAGGUGUCGCCUUGUCUGCAAACGUGGGUGGUAUGGCUUCUCCAAUUUCCUCCCCACAAAAUGUUAUCGCCAUGGACUAUCUAAAACCAUACGGUAUCGGAUGGGGUAACUUUUUCGCAGUCGCACUUCCCGUUAGUAUUGUUUCUAUUUUCCUCAUCUGGUUGUUGAUGAUCUUUACGUUCAAGAUUAAUACAACAACGCUAAAACCUUACAAGCCAAUCAAGGAGAAGUUUACUUUGAAGCAGUAUUACAUUAUGGUAGUAACAGUGGUUACAAUCAUCUUGUGGUGUGUUCUUUCCAAGAUCGAGAGUGCGUUUGGUGCUGCUGGUGAAGUUGCCGUUAUUCCAAUCGUGCUUUUCUUCGGGACCGGUUUGCUAACCACACAGGAUAUAAACAACUUCCCAUGGUCUAUUGUUAUCUUAGCCAUGGGUGGUAUCGCAUUAGGUGCUGCAGUUUCAUCGUCCGGUCUUCUUGCUACUAUUGCCGGAGCCCUACAAAAGAGAGUUAUGGAUUACUCAACCUACGCCGUCUUGUGCAUUUUCGGAAUAGUCAUGUUAGUUGUCGGUACCUUCGUUUCUCAUACAGUUUCCGCAAUCAUCAUUCUACCAUUGGUCCAAGAAAUUGGUGACAGUUUACCAUCGAAAAAGGCUGCUCCUAUCCUUGUGUUCGGAUGCACUCUCUUGGCUUCUUGUGGUAUGGGUCUUGCAUCGUCUGGUUUCCCUAAUGUUACCGCCAUUUCCAUGAUGGACGAAGUGGGAAAUAGAUAUCUAUCAGUCAACAAUUUCAUCACAAGAGGUAUUCCCGCUUCCCUCUUGGCUUUCGUUGUUGUCAUAACCAUCGGUUAUGGUAUCAUGUCAACAGUUUUGCAUGGCUAA